GGGGUUAUUUCCCUGUAACACCGGGAUGCCUGCCUGCUGCUAACGCUGCUAGCUAGCUAGCCAACUGUUUACGGUUUUUAACGCGUAUUAUCUUCUUUUAAGACAUUUACCUGACGUGCUAACGUUAUAAUAACGUUUUAAUAUUCAUUACCUCUGAUUGUAGCGUGUCUGGAAUCUUCCAGAAGGAACACUGAGCCACAGGAGCAAUCACAAAACGAUGGAGCCCGCAUGUCGAAAAGACAAGCAGAAGCAGAAAGAGACUCCAACACGAGGAGACAGAGCUAAACAGAAAUCUGCACAGCAGGAGCUCAAGCAGAGACAGAGGGCAGAGAUCUACGCCCUGAACAAAGUGAUGACAGAACUUGAGCAGCAGCAGUUUGACACCUUCUGCAAGCAAAUGCAGACACCAGCAGAAUGAAGAUGAGCCAUGUUCACUCUAGCACUGGAGAUGAACCCAACUGGACUAGCAGGAAAUUGAAUCUGUGGGUUAGUGAACUUUGGCAUUGAGUUGAACAACUUUGCUGCAUAAAAACAGCCAUUUCGGGACCAGCUUUGUAGUUUAUCCCCAGAUAUUAUGUAUCGACAGAGCAUAACAUGCAUUUACCACUGUGUGGUUAAACGCAAAACCAAUACAGAAACAAUAUAGAUCAGUCUCUCCAUAAAACUGUUUGUAUGGGUCUAUAGACCCAUAUGUAGAAACAUAUGUUGUCAACCUGUUGUUGCACACCUUUUUCUGUUUGACCACACUGCUGCGUUUUACAUCAUAGUCAUCACAAGAAGAGCGUAUAGAGAGUGUUUGUACAAUACAGCAUAUUGCAUGAUUUCAGAGCAGCGUGAUUAGAUUAGAAUUAAAAGGCAAUCAAUAUGCAGGUAUAUCAGUAUUUGCAGUAGUGAUGUAGGAUACUUUAUUUUGAAAUUGAUAGCUAUAUAAUCAAAUUAUUUCACAAUAAACCACUUUGUUAGAACAAUUGUAGAAGCAGAACACUAAACACUUUAUCAAAUCCAAAAUGUUCAACAUUGGUGCUAUGUAUCAACCCACACUUUUCAAACAAUCGUUGUUACAUUUUAUUGUCAUUUUUGGUGAAAAUCUGAAGGAUAGAUUUUUGUAAUGUCAUCAUUUCUUCCAAAAUUACAAGUCACGGUUUUACAACAUGUUACACUUUGUAUUACGUCUUUGUAUGGUUUUAAAGAAUGUGUCACUCAGUAGGCUGUUAUUCACUUGUAUUUUAAUCUUUGUUUUUAAUCUUUAUUUAAAUGAUUGUCUGUCAGCCACUUAUAACCACUAACAUUUUUGUGUGUCAGUAACGUUGUAUUUAAUAAAUGCAUAUUUUUAACAAGA